AUGUAUAUAAAGGAUAUUUUAUGAUACUUAUUUUAAUGUUAUUGCUUUACAGAGAACAUGGUCAAGGAACAAUCGAGGAAUUGCGAAAUCGUGACUUUAGAAAGGAAUUGGAGGAAAGAGAGCGGACAGAGAAGGAUAAAGGAUCAGGUCGUCGUGCCAUCGAACCUUCCAGAGAAUCGACUGCAUCCAGUACAAAGAGACAAAAGUUAGAUCAGGUUCCCGCAGCUAGUUUAGAUGCUGAUGAUCCACUUGAUGAUGAAUCAGAUUCAGACAGUGAUGAAGAUGACACUGCUGCGCUCUUAGCCGAACUUCAAAGGAUUAAGAAGGAACGAGCAGCAGAACAAGCUAAGAAAGAGAUGGAGAAGCGCCAAGAAGAGGAGAGGAUACGUAUGGAAAAUAUUCUUUCAGGGAAUCCUUUAUUAAAUUAUUCUUCGCAAAGCGGAAGAGUGGAUAUGAAAGUACGAAGACGAUGGGACGAUGACGUGGUAUUUAAAAAUUGUGCGCGUUCCGAGCCGAAGAAGAAACAUGACGUAUUCAUCAAUGACUCCUUGCGAAGUGAAUUCCAUCGCAAAUUUAUGGAGAAAUAUGUUAAGUAAUUUAUUGACUGAGCAUUGCAAAGCAUUGUAAAUAAUGUUUUUCUAAUAUAUAUUAUAUGAAUAAAAA